GUAAUGCUUCGGGUGGGGGCUUCCGGCGAGGGUCCCUUCACGAGUGGCACACAGACCUUCUCUCUCGACAAACGCAAGAAACAAGUGACGCUGUGCGAGACAGCACCAGCUGCCUCCGCUCCCGAAGACAGAAAAGUUGGUGUUGCAGCCCCGAAGAUGUUCGCCUUCGAUGCUAUAUUCUCACAGGACGAUUCUCAGACGGAGAUCUGUUCGAGCGCCCUUACUGACGUCAUCCACGCUGUCAUCAACGGAACGGACGGUUGCCUCUUCUGCUUCGGACACGCAGGACUAGGGAAGUCGUACACAAUGCUGGGGCGACCGGACGCAUCGGCAUCUCUGGGUGCCAUCCCCUGCGCCAUAUCCUGGCUAUUCCGAGGCAUCGCGGAGCAGAAGCACAAAUGCGGCACCAGAUUCUCCGUCCGAGUGUCCGCCGUCGAGCUGUGCACCAACACCAACCAAAUCAGAGAUCUUCUGGCACCUUAUCAAAAUGAUACCGAACAGUCACCCGGUGUGUACCUCCGAGACGACCCCCUGUUCGGAACGCAUCUUCAGAACCAGUCGGAACUGCGGGUACAUAGUGCGGAAAAGGCUGCCUUUUACCUCGACGCGGCGCUGGCCACACGGGGGUCGAGAGAGGAGGGGAAGGAUAGUCAUCUUCUAUACACUUUACAUGUGUACCAAUACAGCGUGGGAGGCAAAGGAGCUGUUGCCGGGGGCCGCAGUCGCUUGCACUUGAUAGACUUAGGAAACUCGGAACGAGGGAAAACCAACGGUGGAAUACCACUGUCCGGUUUAGGAAAUAUACUACUUGCAAUAUUUAACGGUCAAAGGCAUUUACCAUAUAGAGAUCACAACCUCACACACGUCCUUAAAGAAUGCCUUGGAUCUUUAACGUGUCACACAGCCAUGAUUGUCCACGUUUCCCCAAAUCUCCAAAAUUAUUCAGACACUCUUACAACGUUACAACUAGCGUCCCGAAUACAUAGGUUGCGAAGAAGAAAAGUUAAAUAUAGUUCUAAUAAUAACACUGGUUCCGGUGGAAGUUCCGGUGAAGAUGCUUCAAAGCCAAGUAGCAGCGAACCUGAUCCUUCAAGUAGUGAUCUAUCAGCAGACACUGUUAUUUAUGUUGGACCUUUAGACGAUGCAACAGAUGGUGAACAUCCACCUGUUUAUAUACCACAUAUAAACUCAGGUGACAACAGAUGUGCUUUAAGUAAAGCGUUAAGAGGUUCAUUAGCUGAACAAAAGGUCAAGUCAUCUUUAACAAAAGUUGUCGAAGAAAAAAGUCCCAUACAUAAGUUACACUCGUCGCCCAAGUCAUCUCCAAUGAGAAGUCUAGCACAGCCUAUACAUACUCCAAAGUCUUCCCCAGUUCAUUCUGCUACUGCAAAAGCAGCCCCAAUAAAGAAACAAGUACUAAAGCACGGUGAAGAAGCAAAAAGCACUAGCGAUGAACAAUGGAUUGAUGGUCCUAGAAUAUCAAAAUCAAAGUUAGUUGAAGUUCGACAUAUAAUCAAAGAAACACAAGGAAAUAAAAGAGAGACGUGGAUAGAUGGACCAAUGCAAGAACCUAAAAUCCCUGUUCAAUUUGAGUCUGUACCCAUUCAGCAAUCUAAUUCUAUACCAUUACAAGUUGGUGUUCUAAAUUCAUAUGGAACUGAAAGUCUUGGAUAUGGAUAUAUGGAUAAUCAUAAGAAAAACAUGAUCAAAAAGUGGGUAGAAAAUCAGACAUUUCAAAUUCACAAAUCAAGACAUAACUCCCCAAGCCAUAAAGGCCAAAUUGUAUCUAAAGAUGGUCCAAGAUUACCUGAUGAAACGGAAACAAUACACCGAAUGGAAAUGAAAGAAGCAUCCAAACGAAUACAUGUUGAAGAAUCAACUAUAAGGACCGGUUUAAAGGCAGGUUCAAAGGGUAUGUCAAUUGAAGAAGAAAAUGUAGGACCUCCUGAUCCAAACCCACUAAAAAAAUCGGCUAGCACAACAUCUUCGAUUAAAAAUGAACCAGAUGAAGAUGAUGACAGUGAAGAAUUAGCUGAAAUACCACCUGCACUUCCCUUAUUACAGCCAAGUAGUUUAAGUAGCAGAGAAGUGUCAAUGGAAAGUUUAGAUAGAAAAUAUAAGGAAAGAAUGAGAAUGGAUGAUGAAUUAGUAUCAACUCAUAGCCGAGACAUUGAUCUUCACGGAAUGAGUAAAGGACCGGCUGAUGAUGAAGAUGAAAUUUUAGAAAUAAUUGAACUUGAAGAACCCUUAGAAUUAGUUCCUAUGCAAGAUUGCUGUCUUCAAGUUACUGAAGAAGAUAUUGCGUUUUGUAUGGGAUAUUCAGAUAAUUUUUUUGGAGAAACAGAACACGAAGAUCGUGAAGACCACCCUCUUAGAAUAUUAAGUCAGGAAAAUCUCACUGCUGCAUCGACCUUUACUGAUACACUUUCUUUAUAUAGCGAAGUUGAAAGACAAAUUAGGAAUGAAGCAUAUCUUAGACAAACGAUCGGAUUUUAUAUGCAUGGAGACCACGUAACAGAUAUACUACCUCAUGAGAGUUUGCCAUCUUCUCGUUCACGGUUAGAAGACCUCAUGGGCUUGACAGAGUUGUACGGCUCACGAAGAAUGUUAGAUAGUAACAACUUAGCUGCCUCUAGAAACGCUCCUCAAUUCCAAUCAUUAUCUUUGUGUAAUGUGAGAGAUACUGAUGAUUUUCACGGAGAUGGAUCUGUUUAUAGUGAACCUGCAUAUCGACCUAGUGAUAAAAUUUGUGAUAGUUGCAAAAGGUCUAUGUCUAGACCAGGUAGUGCAAUAGGAGAAUGUGAUGCAUAUCACGACUUAGAUGUAGCGCACAAUGACUCAUACGGCCCUUUUGAACGAUACCGGGCUAAUGACAUAACGGACGCCCGAAUAGCAUCUUUGAGGCAUCCAGACGGUGCUUCCGAUCCAAAUUUAAGGGAAGAAAAUCGAAUUCCUGGUAGUGGCGCUCCGUCUUGCACAUUUCGAGAACUCAAAUCAAAUUUGCACCUGGAAGUAACGCCACCAGUAGUUACUACUGAACCGCGUUCAGAAAAAUGUGAGAAAGGUGACAAGAAUGUUGCAAGAGUUGUUGGUAGUUGUAAAACUGAUGGAUAUGAUAGUGGGCACGAGUCCACACCUAGAACUGGCAAACAUAGCCCUGCAGCAACAUCUAGAAGAGCAGAAUCUGGGUAUGAUUCCGUUCCUAGAGAUUCAGACGCGUCCUCCUUAGAUUCUUACCCAACACGUAGAGCGGCUGUCGCGAGAGCACAUGCUAAAAAACAUACCACUGCUAAAUAUAAACAACACAAUGACAGAUCAUUCUGCUCGUGGUUAAGAAACCCUUUUACCUGCAAAUAUGCGGACACUGAUCCUGAAAUCAGUGACUUUUAACAGUAAGCAAUUUAAAAACUAUAUGUAAAGGUACAAAAUUGUACUUAUACUUAGUUUUUAAAUUCUAAAUAGCUCGUAUCAUUAAGCUACGUUACCGAAUUUAAUCUGGAGACUGCUUUUGUACUCUAGAUAUACUCGUAUUUAUACAACAAAAGCUUUGGCACUGAUCCAAUGAGGUUACCACUGUAUUUUUCUAAACCUUACGAAGCUUCUAGCUCUGCUCCGAAAUAUAUUUUUAAAGACGUACUUAGUGAGUUUAUUGGAUCGUAUACUAAAUGUACCUAGCACUUUUGUAAAUAUUGAAAUACAGACGUGUUAUGCAACGAAAUAUCAAUCAACCCAGUUAGUGUUACUGUUUCUGCUCAUUUUUAUACUUUUAUAUAGU